UCUAGCCUCCACAUACGAUUGAAUUUGAUAUUGCACUGGAUGUUAUUGUCGUCAUAGAGUACGGUAUUGAUUCAAUAAAUCAACCACCAAACGUGAUUCAGCUUCUAGUGUACUUAUUUUCCGCCCAAUAAUACAAUCGAAAAGUCUAACAACACACGUGUCGUACCCAAUUCAGGGAAAAGUGAUUUCGAUGAUUAUUUUUCGUGCUAUCGCGCUAAGUGGAUGUACAAAAUGACGAAAAGGUGCCUGCCGGGUGUGACUGUGAUCAUUUGACUGCUGUUUUAUCCUUCAUUUCCACUUUUCGCCGAGUUGGAACAUAUUUACAAUAAGUUUUUUAAAGUUGGCUAAUUUUUUGUUGAUGAGAUACGGUCUACUCAUUAUUGGAAGUUUUGUUUACUAAAAGGGGUUCUGCAUCGUGAAGCAAUAAAAAGUGAAAAGCAUACGAACAUCACCGUGCAGUGGUUUUACACAUAAAUAUAAUGAAAAGUUUCGACCUUGGUGCCGUGAUCUAUCCCCAACACAAUGAGAGUAGAACCUUGAAUGGCAAUAUUUAGGUGUUUUCCAAAAGCCAAGGAAAAAUAAACAUCACAAAGCCAAUGUAGAGGUGGAAAACAGCAGACUUAUUUCCUGAACAGAAACCUUACCGUAAAUGGACCCAUGGCUUUCUGCAACCGUACGCUUGCUAUCAAGGCGGCGUUGGGAGCUGGCUUUUUGCUUAUCCUACUGAAUCUUUUAAACUCCAAGUUGGACAGUUCGACAACACCGAAUACAUACUCACGCUUUGGUGCUACCCAUUGGCCAAAGCGAACACAUGCCAGUUCUGAGAGACAAUCCCUCCCAUCCUCCGACACCGAUGGCGGGAAAGGGAAUAUAUUAGCGCAACAAAAAGACCACCAACAAACCGACAACGACACUUCACCCGGUAUCGAUGAAUUGUCGAAGGAAAUUCAAAAUGCAUCGAAAUUUGCCCUUCCAUCUGGUGCAGUUGAUUUGAUUUCGCGGCAUAAUAUUUCACUUGGCGGGAAUAAUAGUAAUCUUCCACAGAACGGGGAGCAAUAUAUGCGCGGGGUCACUGGAGCAUUGCGAGGUGUCAUUUCAAGACCGAAAUAUCUUAAGAAACAACAAAACGUGAUACAAAAUUUAAAAAAUAAGUCAACAAAUCGCACAAACAUUACAUUGGGAGAGAAGAUGGGCGGUAAUAAGACAAAUAAUGAUGAUUCCAACAACGUAACCUCCCUGAACGAUAUCUCUAACACAUCUGGUACUGGUAGUUACAAUAGUAUCAUUAGUAAUAGCAACGGCACAACUAGAAGAAGUAACGAAAUGAAGAAUAAUUUUAAGCCAAAAAGUGAAAGCGUAGGAAAAAAUAACACAACGAUUGGAGCUUCUAACAUAGUUGAGUCUCACACAGCGCUUCCAGCCAAACAGGAUGCAAUUGUAAGUGCAUCUCCGAGGAUAGGAGAUAUUCCUGAAUUCUCAAUUGAUAGCAAUCGGGUUGAUGAGGGCACGUUGCGUAACUUUUUCGAUAAGUUUACCAUUAACAGCUGCCCACCCAUUCCACCAAAUCUCGAUGGACCAAUUGACGUAGAUGUUACGUACGAACCACUGAGUGUGAUAGAGAAACGAUUCACCGACAAACUACAACCCGGCGGUCAGUAUGCACCACCCGAUUGCACUGCAAGGAAUCGGGUCGCAAUUAUCGUACCGUAUCGGGAUCGCGAACAACACCUGCCAAUCUUUCUGAAGAACAUACAUGCGCUUCUGAUGAAGCAGCAGCUCGAGUAUGGCAUUUACAUUGUGGAGCAGACAGCCGGUUCUUCGUUCAAUCGGGCUGCAUUGAUGAACAUCGGGUUCGUCGAGGCAAUGAAGCAGAAAAAUUGGGAGUGUAUGGUGUUUCACGACAUUGAUCUGUUGCCGAUGGAUGACCGUAAUCUUUACUCAUGUCCUGAUCAACCUCGACACAUGUCCGUGGCAGUGGAUACCUUCAGUUUCAAGCUACCUUACAGCACAAUUUUUGGAGGAGUGUCCGCGAUGACCGAGAAACAAUUUCGAAUGGUCAACGGGUUCUCAAAUUCGUUCUGGGGCUGGGGUGGCGAAGACGACGAUAUGUCGAACAGGUUGAAGCAUGUUGGAUUUCACAUCGCACGUUAUCCAGUCAAUAUUGCUCGAUAUACAAUGCUCAACCACAAAAAAGAGAAAGCGAACCCCAAGCGAUAUGAAAAAUUAGUAAACGGUGCAAAACGAUACGAUAGCGAUGGGCUCAACUCUUUGCACUAUCAACUUGUAAACUUAAUACGGAAACCACUAUACACCUGGAUUCACGUGGAAAUUUCCCCGGACGGCAGCUGAUGAUUAUCGUUUCUAGCAGAUUGGCUAGGAUAAACACAUCUAAAUGAAAACCCCAAACGGCAUAACAUCAUUCAAGUUUUGCAAAGAAAAAACUUCAACUAAUUUGCAAACCUAUGGGCCAUCUUCGAAUGGGUCCAUUUUUUAACAGCAUAAAAAAAUCACAACGUUCGUAAGUCAAGCUAUCUCAAGAUUUUUUUAAUGUAUAUAAUUUCGUAAAAAUGUCUUUCGUAUAUAAGUUUGGUUUAUUUGUAAAAGUAUUUAACUGCGUUUAUUUAACUAUUCGCACAUAUUAACAGGAGAACACAGUUCUCAAACCUCUUGAUGGCUGUCCUGUUACCCUUGUGAGUGGAAAUGUGAUAUAGUGGAAUAUCAUAAAUCUGGCCGUCGUUUUGGAUACAUUAUCUUUUCAUGUCGAAUGAAAGAUAAACCAACAGUUAAAGCGCACAACAAAGUAGGUAAAUUUAGUUGUAAUUGCAGAAAUAAAAUCCGUCUGAUUUGGUUUUCUGAAUUGUAAUAUGGAAUCUCCUCGGAAAUCAUUAUCGUGAUCUGUAGCUUGUGUACAUAUAUCUAUUUCAAAAGAAAAUAUUCGGGCAUGUCAAGAUACGUUUACAUAAAUAUUUAAAAAAUCAUUGGAUAUUAUAACUAAUGAGGCAGUGAUACCUAUGAAACAUCAUCGUUAAAAGGCUAUUAAAAUGGCAACAUUAAACAACAGACCUUCUAAAGUUAGGUUGUAGGUGAAUCAUCCAAUUUUGAUUUAUUUCGCUUGUUACUUAAUCCCACUCAUCGAUCGCGCAUACGAUCGACUGUAUGCAUAAUUUAACCUCAAAAAAGAAAACUAAUGGAAUAGAUAAAACUCUUGGAACUAUCCUCAAGCAAUUCAUACUUGCUUAGUCUUUGAUUAUAUUGAACUGAAUGCAACAAAUAGAUUUAGAUAGUCUAUGUUACGACAAAUAAACAAAACUACAUGACAAAGACAUACAGUAGCUUGGUCUGCUUGUAUGUUUCAAACUAUCCAGUUUUUUCUCUUAGGAAUCAAAUUAACAGACUUCUGUUUUAUAUUGCAAACAAAAUGUUAUUUAAAAAAACAUAAAUUAUAUAGAGCUUUUCUCACACAAAAGUAUCAUUUUAUAACCGAUCAAUUUUUCUAUGAAGGUAGUGUCCUAGAGAAAAGAGAAAUUAUACAAUUACUUGUUCUUCCGUCCUCGUUAAAAUAAUGUUUUC